AUGAAUUCCAUCAAUAAUGAACAAUCUUUAUCAAAUUUAUCCGAUAGUGACGUCUGUAACAAAACUUAUUCUUCACCACAAAAGUUCACAAUGAUAACAACAAGUACACCACAUUCAACAUAUAAACCACGAGUGAAUUUUCAUUCAAUUGAAUCAUUAGCAUCUUCCUUGACUCCUAUUUUUUCUCCUUCUAUUCCUUAUCAAAAACACGAUGAUACGGGUUAUAGUUCAUUGAAUUCUCCGACUACGUCAUUUCAAGAAAAUCAUCAUUCGUCUAAAUGUACUAAACAAAAAGCACGACAAAAGUUAUCUGAUUGGCAAACCUGGUAUUUAAAUCAAAUUUAUGCUCAAAAUCCAUAUCCAACACCGUAUGAACAAGAACAAAUUGCUACUCAAGUACUUUUACCUACAUCAUCUAUUCGUAUUUGGUUUCAAAAUCAUCGUGCACGAUAUGGAAAAAAAUGA